AUGUCUUCCUCAGCACCAGCCGAGCAAUUUUAUCUGCGCUACUACUCUGGUCACUCUGGGCGCUUCGGCCAUGAGUUCCUAGAGUUCGACUUUCGCGUCGUCGGCGACGGAAGAAGCGCGGUCGCGCGGUACGCGAACAACUCAAACUAUCGAAAUGACAGCCUUAUCAGGAAAGAGAUGAGCAUCAGCUCCGUGGUUGUGGAUGAGAUCAAGCGCAUUAUAAAGUCGAGUGAAAUACUCAAGGAAGAUGAUGCCAAGUGGCCACCGAAGAACAAGGACGGAAAGCAAGAGCUCGAGAUCAAGAUCGGUAACGAGCACAUUUCGUUCGAGACUGCGAAAAUCGGAUCCCUCGUCGACGUCAACGAGUCUGCUGAUCCUGAGGGAUUGAGGGUGUUUUACUACCUCGUACAAGACCUCAAAGCACUUGUGUUCAGUUUGAUCGCUCUGCACUUCAAGAUCAAGCCCAUCAACUAA